UUCUUUCCAGACUUCUGUGUUUCACCGCCAAUACAAGCUCACCUCUCAAUACCUAUCAAAUAUGGCACCCAAGAAGAUUGAACCAAAGAAACCAGAGCCCAAAAAGCCAGAACCCAAGGCUUCUCUGGCUUCUAAGCCGGCUCCGACUCCGGAGCCGUUGCCUGAUCGUCCCAAGGAACCCGACUUUGAUCCCAAGAGCAUCACUCUUGAAUUCACCGCCGAUCAAAUCGAGGAAUUCAAGGAGGCCUUCACCUUGUUUGACAGAACGCCGAAAGGCGAAAUGAAGAUCACCUAUGCCCAGUGCGGGGAUGUGAUGCGAGCCCUUGGCCAGAACCCGACCAACGCCGACGUACUGAAGGUGCUCGGGAAGCCUCGACCGGAGGACAUGAGCUCCAAGAUGGUGGACUUUGAGACCUUCUUGCCAAUGCUUCAGCACAUUUCCCGUGCCAAAGACCAAGGCAACUUUGAGGACUUUGUGGAGGGCCUCAGGGUAUUCGACAAGGAGGGCAAUGGCACCAUCAUGGGGGCCGAGCUGCGCCAUGUCUUGGCAACACUUGGGGAGAGGAUGACGGAAGACGAGGUGGACAGACUCAUGGCCGGCCAGGAAGACGCCAACGGGUGCAUCAACUACACCUCCUUUGUGAAGCACAUCCUUUCCGGGUGAACAUGACAGUUCAUCCGAAAGACUUCUUCUAAUUCCCGUCACUUUAUGGACUCUUAUUUUAAUAUUUGUCCUGUUAGAGGUGAGCUACCAGCCAUUAUGCUGUCUUCCUUUUGGAGGUAAUGAAAUGCUAAUGACAUACUGGACAUCCAUUUCAAUAAAGGGAAUUUUAUCAGAAA